UUAUGAUUCAAGCAGAAAUAACAACAAACCAUUUUGACAUUUGGACGCUUUUAAUUUGGUCAUUUGUUUGUCUCUUUUUGUUUUCAUAAUCUUCUUUUAUUUCUAAUAGAUUUAAAUUGUUGGAAAUGUCAUCCAAUUUUGGUACAGUUAAUCCACUUCACUAUUCCAUCCCUUCAAGUCCCGAAAUGACCGAGAUCUCAAUUGAAGAGACAAACAAUGCAACCGAUGUUGUUGUCACCAGCAAAGAUAAUAACAUUUCCUCUCGUCCAGCGACAUUACCUGUGUCCUCGCCCUUUGGCCCUCCUGGUUUACCUUCAACAACCUCAUCUUAUUCAACUAAAAAUGGCAUUGACAGUGAAACUAAUCCAUCAAUUUCAUCCAAUUAUCCACUUGGAUCAACACCCAAAAGUACACCAAUAGAAGCAAUCAAGGAAUGGUCGAUAACAACAUUUAAAUGUACUAAACAAUUGGUUAAUGAGAAAUUAGGAAAAGUUCAACGGACAAUUGAUACUGGAUUAGAAAGUGAAAUUGAUAAAUUAAGAGAGACCCAGAAAAAAUAUUCCCACAUCUUGAGGAUCGCUCGAGAUAUGUCAUCGAUGUAUUCAUCUCUAGUCCAACAACAGAUUCUACUUUAUGAAUCGCUUAGUGAUCUCUCAUUAAAAGAGCCGAAAGUAGACACUAAAAUAUCUUCAUCGUCAUCGAGUGUUACAUCAAAUGUAAGUGGCGGUGGAAGUUCAGUUGGAGGUGGUGAUGGAAAUGGAGAAGAUGUUAAUAAUUCACUGAGCAGUUUAAAUCUUUCAGCUGAUUUCCGACAAAAUGCUGAAAUGUUACGUUUGGUUUCCAAAAAUGGUGAAAAAUUGAUUUUGGCUCUUCGAUUUUUCUGCUCCAAUUUAUCAACUUUAGUCAAUAAAACCAUUGACGAUACCAUAGUUACGAUAAGACAAUUUGAACAAGCAAGAUUAGAGUAUGAUGCUGAACGUAAUAGCGUGGCAAACUUGCUACCAGCUCAAGCUGCGGCUGCAGCCAGCACCGAGAAUCUAAUCGCUGCUCGAGCUAAAUAUGAAAGACUACGACAAGAUGUUAUCAUUAAGCUUAAAUUCUUGGACGAAAAUAAGGCGAAAGUGAUGCACAAGCAACUAAUUCUAUUCCACAAUGCCUUUACUGCUUAUGCCUCUGGAAAUGCUUCGACAUUGGACUCUACACUUCGACAGUUCAGUAUUAAAGCGACUCCUCAGUCUUGGCUGGAAAAAUGAACAGGAAGAACAGGAAGAACAAUCUUGUCCCAAUUUGAAUUCUAUCGACUAAAAUUAAUAGAGAGAAAGAGAGAAAGAUUAAUAAGUGCAAACAAGAAAAUCCAACAAAUGGAACUGAAAUAAUUUGAAGAAACAAAUCAAUUCCUUCCACAAUCAAUUUCUAGUUGGUGAUUCGAGACGAAAAAUGAAAAUCUUAAAGUUAACAGAAAGUUCUAAUCAUCACCUUCUCAAUAUAAUAUCUUCGUGGCUCAGUUACGUCUAAUAAAAUGGAUUUUACCAUUGAA